AUGUCACCACUUCUCGGUAUUGGAAUAGCUACUGGAUCCUCAUCAGCAUCUUCAACAAUGCCAAUGGACCUGGGUGGAGUAUUGCCUAUUGCAGAAAAUUGGUGUAAUACACAAGUGAAAGUUGUUAAAUUUAACUACAUGUGGACGAUAAAUAAUUUCUCUUUUUGCCGUGAAGAAAUGGGUGAAGUUUUGAAAUCAUCGACUUUUAGUGCCGGCCCUAAUGACAAACUUAAAUGGUGUUUACGAAUAAAUCCAAAAGGAUUAGACGAAGAAUCCAAAGAUUAUUUGUCUCUUUAUUUAUUACUUGUCCAAUGUAACAAAACUGAAGUUCGUGCAAAAUUUAAAUUUUCGAUAUUAAACGCAAAAAGAGAAGAAACAAAAGCUAUGGAAUCACAACGUGCCUAUCGCUUUGUACAAGGAAAAGACUGGGGUUUUAAAAAAUUUAUUCGUCGUGAUUUUUUACUUGAUGAACAAAAUGGACUUUUACCUGAAGACCGUUUGACUAUUUUUUGUGAAGUUUCUGUUGUUGCUGAUACGAUUAAUGUAACCGGUCAAAGUAACAUGAUGCAAUUUCGUGUUCCUCCAUGUCGUCUUUCUGAAGAUAUGAGUAAUUUAUUUGAAAAAAGUUUAUUUGCUGAUUGUACUCUUUACUCAGGGAAUAGAGAAUUUCAGGUACAUAAAGCUGUACUUGCUUGUCGUUCACCUGUAUUUGCUGCAAUGUUUGAACAUGGAAUGGCUGAAUCUUUAAGUGAUCGUGUAAAUAUUAAAGAUAUUGAUUCUGAAGUGCUCGGUGAAAUGUUGAGAUUUAUGUAUACCGGAAGUGCCCCAAAUCUUGAAAGAAUGGCUGAUGAAUUGUUAGCAGCUGCUGACAAAUAUCAAUUGGAAAGAUUAAAAGUUAUGUGUGAACAAUCUUUAUGUCUUUCAUUGACAAAUGAAACUGCUUGUGAAACUUUAAUUUUGGCGGAUUUACAUUCAGCAGAACAUUUAAAAACACAAUCAACAGAAUUCAUUAAUUUACAUGCUAAUGAGGUAAUGGAAACUGAAGGUUGGAAAGUUUUGGUAAAAGAACAUCCUCCAUUACUCGAACAAGUUUUUAAAGCAUUAGCAACACAGCAAACACCUCCGAUUAUAUUAAAUCAACCGCCUAGGAAACGUCCAAGACAAUAUUAAA